CCAAUUAAGCUCCACCUCUCUUCUCCCUCCUUCACUACCACUUCCCCUUCUUCCUUCCCUACUUAUUCUUCUUCUUCUUCUAGCUAAGCUAAGCUCAACACUCCACCAAAAAACCAAUCACAACAAGAUCGCAAGAGAAUGGGGUUACAGGGGCAGCUGAGCGACGUGUCGUCGGACUCCAUCCCGCUCUUACUGGUGGCCGUCAUCGCCACAUUCAUCGGCCACCUCCGCUCCUCCCUCUUCAGCUUUCUCCAUUCCCUCGGCCUCUCCCGACUCGAGCGCCCGCCCCCGGACGACGGACUCCUUGCCUCCGCAGUCGGCUCGGGGCUCGCCGGCCUCGUGGUCCUCGCCGAACAGCUCAACCUCAACCGCCUCUUCUCCUACCGCUACGACCACAGCCGCCACCGCGACGCUGCCGUUCCCGACUGCGUGGUCUGCUUGUCCAGCUUAAAAGACGGCGACCAGGUCCGCAUGCUCCACUGCCGCCACGUCUUCCACAAGCACUGCUUCGACGGCUGGCUCGACCACCUCAACUUCAGUUGCCCUAUCUGCCGCUCCCCGCUCGUCCAAGACGAGCGCGUCGCCCAAACGCGCCGCCGCGUCGGUGGUGACCUCCUCCACUGGUUCUCUCUCCGCGCCAAUUGAACCUAGCGCGUGAUGGUGAUGGUGAUGGGUGAUGUAUUACGUUGAUGAUAGGCCGGCCACUAGCCACGAGAUUACGAUGGCUAGCUGGUGCCUGGUAGUUUCUCUCUGUUUUUUUUUUUUUUUUUUUUUGAGAUUUCAGACAGUUGUUGGCAGUUUUUGACCUUCGACUUAAUUUGGUCCCUCCAAA